AUGGAGAACAAAACUAAUCAAAAAACAACAACAAAAACACAAACAUUAACCGACAAUCAUUCAACCACCUCUUCGGAGGUGUCGACCCAGGACAUGGCCAUGGACAAGAUUUUAACUUCGGGCGGGGACGUGACUCUGGAAACGUACAGAGACGUAGUAUGUGAAAGCAUACAGCGACAGAGUGAACAGCUGUCCGCCCUUCUAGAGAAGACCACUCUAAGGCUCAACCAAGAGAGUGUGCCCUCCGGCUUUGGGAAUGACUCACCCCUCUCUGAUGAGGAACUUGACGUCACCGUCAUACCCUCAUCCUUGAGGAGUGAGUCAGCUUCAAAAACUAUAGAGAGCACUCAAUCUGCUGCCAAGGGGGGGUCAACUCCUGUGGAAGGGGUUACAUCGGUACCUACCGAUGCGACCAACCUCCGGAUCGAGGAUGGCGUCGUGGAAAGGGACACUGAUGUUCCAACCAACCGCGAUGCCUCCGGAUCGAAGGAGGUAAGUCCGUCUGAGGAUAAGCCAACUAGUGGGGCUGGGGUGAAGGGCAACACCUCUCCCGGCGGUGGAAAGACAGCUUCGGCUGUUGCACCACCAACGGAAUCUAGUGUAGCCCCCACCACUUCUAACUCAGGAAAACGGAGGAACAAAAGGAAGGACGCCCCUAACGGAAAUCCUGUCCCGGUGGAACCAAAGGAGGCCAAAUCCUCUUCUCGGGUAACGAUGAAGAGAGGACGGUCAACGGAGGAACCACAUCCCGAGGCAAAGAAACCGUUAACGGGCAAACUUCCUCCUCCGCCAACUGCGGCUUCUACGCCAGUAGCUGCAGCUGGUAGGGAGGUAGUGGCAAGGCCGGUGCAAGCAGCCUCAGUGGACCCUAGGUCUGCUAAAGCGAAGCCUGCUACCACCAACCCACAACCUUCAAGCCAGACAUCAAGGAAGAGGAAACACUCCCAAACCCUGUACCCGGACAAUCUCCGUGUAGCGGUCAUCGACCGAGCUGAGCCGGAAGGCAAAAUCAGCGAAAGUCGGUGGCUUCUCAUUGAGGACCGUCUGAGGGAACAGGUUUUCCUGGGGGAGGAUCCUUCUAGGUUACAGUUUGGCAGUGCUACCGUCUACAAGGGAGUGAAGGUCAUCUGCUGCGAAAAUGAGGAGUCAAAGAACUUCCUCGUGACCGCAGUAGCUGGCCUUCAGGAACUUUGGGAUGGAAGUGCACUUGCUGCUGUAUCCCUGAAGGAUAUCCCCUGCAGGAGGAUUUUGACAGCAUGGGUGCCGCCGCCCUCUGUGGACCCGGCACGCGUGCUGAUAAUAUUGGGGAAGCAGAAUCCCAAUCUCUGCACGGACGGCUGGCGUUUGGUUGGCUCAAGUACGGAGGGAGGGGGCCUGGUCAUAAAGGUUUCUGUUGAUACUGCUGGCCAGGAAUACCUUCAGGCUCGAGGAGGGAAAUUGCACUUCGGCACAGGAUGGAUUCGGUUCCGUCUAACGCCGCCGUCGCACGGAGGAGACGCCACGGCGGUCAGACUGGAGACUAGGACGGGCAAAACACUAUUCCUCGUCUCCCUGUACCUUCCCUUCGAGCACCCCGACCCACCAGGCCAAGUGGUAGAGGAGCUGGCCUCAGUACUGGGAGGAAAAGGCGGCCUCAUCAUUGGAUGCGAUGCAAACGCUCAUCACUCUCAAUGGGGCAGUAGUAACACCAAUGCCAGAGUGGCCUCGGCAUCGGAUGUGGACGACUCCGUCAAGUUGCUAACAAAGAUCCUGAUCGGCAGCUAUGAAAGAGCCUGUCCGCUAACCUUCCCGGGUAAAAGGCACCAGCCUGUCUGGUGGUCGAAAGACCUAGCUCAGCUCAGGAAGACUAGUAGACGACUAUACAAUAAGGCCAACAAGACCAAACUGGGUACGGACUGGGAAGCUUAUAAACUAGCCUUCAAUAAGUACAACAGUGAGAUCAAGAAGGCCAAGAGACGGUCUUGGGUGUGUUUCACCGAGUCCAUAGAUGAUGUCAACGCAGCCUCCAGAUUCCGUAGAGUACUUUCAAAGGACCCAAAAUCCAUUGGAAGCAUAAAGCGGACUGAUGGUAGCUGGACUGACUCAGGUUUAGAGACUCUCAAUCUAUUAGCCAGUACCCACUUUCCGAACUGCUCUGAUGCGGUAUUUGACCGAUUGGCAACACGGUCUAGUCAGCAUAGUGGGACGGAAGAUGUGAAUCUAACUAAUAGUAUUGUUAACACCCCCAAGAUUUUGUGGGCUAUUAACUCAUUCAAACCUUUUAAGUCACCGGGUCCAGAUGGCAUUAUCCCCGCCAUGCUACAGCAUGCGUCGGCGGAGAUAAUACCAGUCCUGGAGGUGAUUUUUAAGGCUUGUCUGCGUCUUUCUCACAUCCCACUACUGUGGAGGGAAGUUACAGUCACUUACAUUCCCAAAGCUGGGAAGCCAAGCCAUGUUCUUCCAAAAGACUACAGGCCUAUUAGUCUCUCGUCUUUUCUAUUGAAAACGCUAGAGAGACUAAUAGACAUAGAGAUCAGAUCUCUAAUACCCCUGACCUCCUUAAGCACUGCUCAGCACGCCUAUAUGAAAGGCAAAUCUGUUGAAUCAGCGCAGCACGACGUCGUGGGUUAUAUAGAGAAGAACCUGAACAGCUCAUGUUUCACGUUGGCGGCCUUCCUCGAUAUCGAGGGGGCCUUCAAUAAUGUUACAUUAGAGGCAAUUCACAGUUCUCUCGAAAGACUUAGUGUGCCACCACUUCUCGUCGACUGGAUUGAUGUUAUGCUCAGCAGCAGAAUCGUUAACUCUAGCAUCGGGGAGUGUUCUGUUAGGAAAACGGUCACUAGGGGUACUCCACAAGGAGGCGUUUUGUCACCACUGCUUUGGCUUCUGGUGAUAAAUAACAUUCUACUUGAUCUGGAACACAGCGGAACAAAGGUCGUGGCUUACGCCGACGAUGUGGUCCUGCUGAUUGCUGGGAGAUUUCCGCAAACUAUUACGGAUCUUAUGCAGGGAGCUCUGGUUAAACUCUCCAGAUGGGCGCGCUGCAAUGGUUUAGGCGUGAACCCACCUAAAACUGAGUUCGUACUUUUUACAAGGAGGCGGAAAAUACCCGUCCUCUCUCUCCCAAUGCUGGAUGGUGUAACUCUAAGCCUUUCUUCGGAAGCAAAAUAUCUCGGUACCAUUCUAGACCAGAAGUUAAGCUGGAAAAGGAAUAUCGAGGAGCGAGCGAAAAAGGGCUUAAAUGCACUUUAUUCCUGCAAGAACUCCAUAGGAAAUAGUUGGGGGCUUAAACCCCAUAUUAUCCGAUGGAUAUAUGAGUCAGUCGUCCGACCAAUCCUUACCUAUGGCGCACUUGUGUGGUGGCAUUCCUUACGGAAAAUCACCUUCAGCAAGAAUAUUGACAAAGUACAAAGAGUCGCAUCGCUACUAAUUACAGGAGCGGUCAGGAGCACGCCACAAUCCGCUCUAGACACCCUACUCAACUUAAAGCCUCUAGGCUUAUUUGUAGAGGAACUAGCUGCUAGGUGUGCCCUGCGACUCAACGAAUUGGGACAAUGGCGGAGUCAACCCUUCGGGCACUCUGUCAUUCUUAAGUAUGUGGAAAACGUAAGUAAUCAGGCUAUAGCUAGUGACUAUAUACUCCCUAGGCACAGCUUUGAUCUACUUGACAUCCGCAUACCAAACAGGGAUAUCUGGUCCCGUGGCACGCCACCUUUCGACGGUAUAGCUGUCUAUACUGAUGGUUCAAAGAUGGAAAGUGGAACGGGUGCUGGAGUCUACUGUGAAAGCCUAAGUAUCCGAAGAUCCUUCAGGCUAAACAGCGAUUGCAGCGUUUUUCAGGCAGAAAUAUUUGCUGUCAGAAUGGCCAUAGAACUGCUGAAUAAUAGAAUUAACGAACUGGAUGGACCGGUGACUAUAUAUGUCGAUAGUCAAGCGGCCCUAAAAGCUCUAAAUUCUUUCACAAUCAAGUCUAUGGCUGUUCUGGAGUGCAAGAAUGCCCUGGAAAAGUUUAAGUCAGUUGUCAAGCUCUGUUGGGUCCCUGGACACUGCAACAUAUCUGGCAAUGAAUCUGCCGAUGAAUUGGCCAGACGCGGAUCUGAGUCUGUAGAUCUAGAGAUCGAGAGCUCAGUGAAGCCACCUUUAUGCCACUUCUUUCAAGUUCUGCAUAAACACUAUCUUGGAAGAUUUCAACAGAACUGGCUAUCUGGAAGGGGAUGCAUCAUCUCCAAAAAGAUUUGGCCGGUGAACUCCGAACGGAGAUCACGGUCACUCCUGUCCAUGACGAAGUUGGACUUGAAGCUUGUGGUGGGCCUAAUUACAGGUCAUUGCAACAUAAAGGCCAUGACUUCAAAAUGGGGGGGUGACGACACUGAAUACUGCAGGCUAUGUCAGGACGAGGAAGAAACAGAAACGGUGGAACACUUACUCUGUCAUUGUCCUACCCUUAUCGGAGUAAGACAUAGGCUUCUGGGUAAGCACUUACUGCCUGACCUGUCAUGCCUCUUCGAAACAGAACCAGCAGUCAUUCUUCAAUUAGCCAGAAGACUAAAAUGGCUAAGGACGACACGCUGAUUACACCGUGGACGCAAACCCACUAGCUCUUCUAAUUCUUCUAAAUCUUAUUUUCUACACUAACUAUCUUUCUUACCUCACUUCCACUUUUUUCUAGACUAGGAUGAUCACAAUGGGCCAGUAGGUCUCCGAGUGGAGUGGUUGUUGUUUUUACACAGCCACACAUCCUUUAACCUAACCUAACCUAUGUAUGGAGAAAGGCAAAUGAAGCGCUCCUUGCCAAAAAAUAUGAAGCCUACAGUGAAGCACGGUGGUGGGUCAGUUGUGGUGUGGGGUUCAUUGUCAGACUCUGGACCUGGAUUUUUGGUUGUUUGUUCUGUAAAAUAUUUAUCCGUUGCAGAAUUUGCAAGAAUCUACUAGAUCUGAAACAGACCAUACAUACAAUGACAUUUGCGAUAAAAUGGCUUUUGUAAUAUUUAAAAAUUGUAAAAAUGCCAAGGAGAGUCCCAUGUCCCUACUUAAUAAGUCAUCCGUCAAAUAGAGUGCCAUUGUGAAUUAAUCGUAUGAAAACAUAAACAAAAAUUUUGACAUUUUUUCGUUCUUCUUAUACGACCUGGGGCCAAAUCACCGCAUUCGUCAUCGAGUUCUGUUUCGUAUAGAGAAACAUUUCGAUCGCUGUAAAUUGGAUCACCGCAUUCGGUCGCAAUUUCUACUACCAUUUUUUACAUUGCUGUAAACAUAUGGUAAUAGGAAACUGGAAGCGAAAAAGAAUUUCAAAAUAGGUUUUUGCGAUAAAAAUAUGUUAUUUCUGGGAAGUUUAUACUGUUUAUGUGUGUUUAAAUACAUGUGUACAAAUAUAUUAUGAAUGCAAGUGUUUUUUUUUUUGUUUUCCUCGUCUUCGGACUCAGAGCAUGAGUACAAAGUGGCAUUAAUAAGGAAUAAUAUUCGUGACAAAUUCAUUCCUAUAACAUUGCCUGAAGUGUUGUAAAUGAUUCUAUUCAAAAUCCGCACAAAAAUCACUUCAUACUAGGUUUUAUAUAUAUAUGUAUACUACCUAUCGUGUACAACUUCGAGUAAAAACAAUUCGAUAACGACUGCGGUGAUCCGCGUAAACUACAUUACGAUGCUGAAGUACUCGAUUUCGACUACGGUGAUUUGGUCCCUGCUUAAUGUCUGUGUGUUCACUAACACAAUUGUAAUUUGAAUAGUUUUGUAUAGAAUAUUUAGAUUUUUCCGAAUAGUCGAUGAGGAAAGUCCUGUCGGAUAUUUUUAUGAAUACACCGUUAGAAAUAUUGGAGUACAUAAAUAUAACUUACUAUAUUAAGAAAUUAUUUCAUUAAUUGUAAAACUUAAAGCUGUAUAGAUUUAUCCUUUUUCAUUUAAUUUUCUAUCUGACAUUAUUGUUUACAUUUUAUAAACAAUUAACAAAAUAUUUCUCUCUAUUUAUAAAGAGGCAAAACAACACAUGAAAUAUUUUUUAUUUCAAAACACAUACAAUUAACAAAUAUUUUUGAUGUUCUCUCUAUAGCCCUGUUAUAAAAUUUAAAUUUAUAAAAAUGUAAUCAAAGGAAAAAAAAUACAUAUGUAAGUGUGUAUUAGCAAAAAUUAUGAAUCAUAUGAAAAAUAACAAAAUAAAAAUUAUGAUGAUGAAUCGAGGAAUCGCUAGAAAUCGUGGAAAAACACUCGCAUUGGUAAAUUCACCAUGACAUUUAAAUGUACAGCAAAUUUGAUUCUUUCGAUCAGAAACAAGAUGUAUGUUUAUACACAUUUUGGCGUACGACUCGCAUGGUAAACAGCGAAAACAAGGUGGGUUAUAGCAAUCACCUGAAUACAAUUUUUUCUUUGUCAUAAAAUGUAUACACCUAAGGGAUAGAAAUCGUCGCGUUUGAUAUCGCUUUCUCACCCCGGAAGGAGCAUCCUUGGGGAUGACAUGAACCACGCCCGCGAUAGUCGAGGUGUUCAGAGAGCAAAGCUGACAUGCCUACCACUGCCCCACAGAGUCUUAUAUUCCUCAGAUAGAAUAAAGUCUUAUUUAUGUUAAAUUCGUGAAUGAUUGCAAACUAUCACUGUUUUAUCCGAUGGUAGUCACUAGAUAGUGUCUGCACACGAGACACAUUCUUUUAACUUUCUUGCGCCACUAAGUAGUAACUCCGUGACGAUAUAAAGCAGACAAUAGUAGUUUUGUUAUUGUAAAUGUACAUACUAUCGCAUUUAUUAGGAUUAGAAGCGUCGCAGAAGUGGCAUCUUAAAAUGGAAAUGAGUUACUCACUUCCAAAAGCUUGCAGGGCAGGGUCAUAACAUGUACACAGUUUUAGAAUGUGUAUGUAUUGUU